GAGCUGCCCUGCGCUCGGCUGGUGCUCCGCAGGCGGCUGGGGAGGGCGGCGCGGGAGAGGACGCGGAGACGCAGGGGCCGCGGCGCCAAGGUGACAAGCUGCGCACCUGGAAAGUUACCCGGCUGUCUGGUCCUCGAGCAAAAUGGGAAAUGGUUCGGUGAAACCCAAGCAUUCCAAGCACCCGGAUGGCCACUCCGGGAACCUCAGUACGCAUGCGCUGCGGAGCAAGGUGAUAGAGCUGGAGCGAGAGCUGAGGCGGAAGGAGGCAGAGAUCCAGGAGCGGGAAUACCAUCUGAAGGAGCUGCGGGAACAGCUGUCCAAGCAGACCGUGGCCAUUGCUGAGCUCACGGAGGAGCUCCAGAACAAGUGCAUCCAGCUGAACAAGCUCCAGGAUGUGGUGCACAUGCAGGGAGGAAGCCCGCUGCUGGCCUCCCCAGAGAAAGUGCCUCUUGAGGUCCACCGCAAGGCCUCAGGAUUGGUCUCCCUCCACAGCAGGAGGGGAGCGAAAGCUGGGGUGUCUGCGGAGCCAACGACCCGAACCUAUGACCUCAAUAAAACCCCGGAGUUUUCGUUCGAGAAAGCACGAGUCAGAAAGGACUCCAGUGAGAAGAAGCUCAUUACAGAGGCCCUUAAUAAAAAUCAGUUUCUAAAGAGACUGGAUCCUCAGCAGAUCAAAGACAUGGUGGAAUGCAUGUAUGGGAGGAACUACCAGCAAGGGAGUUACAUUAUUAAGCAAGGAGAACCAGGAAACCAUAUCUUUGUACUAGCAGAGGGCCGACUAGAGGUGUUCCAAGGGGAGAAAUUUCUAUCAUCCAUCCCUAUGUGGACCACGUUUGGGGAGCUAGCCAUUUUAUACAACUGUACAAGAACUGCCUCCGUGAAAGCUAUUACCAAUGUUAAAACUUGGGCACUAGAUCGAGAGGUAUUCCAGAAUAUAAUGAGAAGGACAGCUCAAGCUAGAGAUGAACAGUACAGAAACUUCCUCAGAAGUGUAUCCUUGCUGAAGAAUUUACCUGAAGAUAAACUAACCAAGAUCAUUGACUGCUUGGAAGUGGAAUACUAUGACAAAGGAGAUUACAUUAUUAGAGAGGGUGAGGAAGGAAGUACUUUCUUCAUCUUAGCAAAAGGAAAGGUAAAAGUCACCCAGAGCACAGAGGGCCAUGAUCAACCACAACUGAUAAAAACACUGCAGAAAGGAGAAUACUUUGGAGAAAAAGCUCUUAUCAGUGAGGAUGUCAGAUCAGCUAACAUUAUUGCUGAAGAAAAUGAUGUGGCUUGCCUAGUUAUAGAUCGAGAAACAUUCAACCAAACAGUCGGGACUUUUGAAGAACUCCAAAAAUACCUUGAAGGGUAUGUGGCAAACCUGAACCGUGAUGAUGAGAAAAGACAUGCAAAGAGAUCCAUGUCUAACUGGAAGCUGUCCAAAGCACUCUCUCUGGAGAUGAUUCAGCUGAAGGAGAAGGUUAAAGUGAAAAAUGAGAAUGUUGCUUUUGCUAUGAAGUGUAUAAGGAAGAAGCACAUAGUUGACACAAAACAACAGGAGCAUGUCUACUCAGAAAAGAGGAUUCUAGAAGAGUUGUGUUCUCCCUUCAUCGUGAAAUUAUAUCGUACUUUCAAGGACAAUAAGUAUGUAUACAUGCUUCUGGAGGCCUGCUUAGGUGGGGAGCUGUGGAGUAUAUUAAGGGACAGAGGUAGCUUCGAUGAACCCACCUCCAAGUUCUGCGUUGCUUGUGUGACAGAAGCGUUUGAUUACCUGCAUCGACUAGGUAUUAUCUACAGAGACCUGAAACCAGAAAACUUAAUUCUAGAUGCUGAAGGUUAUCUUAAAUUGGUUGACUUUGGAUUUGCUAAGAAAAUAGGAUCUGGACAGAAAACAUGGACAUUCUGCGGGACUCCAGAGUAUGUAGCUCCUGAAGUCAUUCUCAACAAAGGACAUGACUUCAGUGUGGAUUUUUGGUCUCUGGGAAUUCUGGUGUAUGAGCUCCUAACCGGCAACCCUCCCUUUUCUGGGAUUGACCAAAUGAUGACCUACAAUUUGAUUCUCAAAGGAAUUGAAAAAAUGGAUUUUCCCAGAAAGAUCACAAGACGACCUGAGGAUUUGAUUCGGAGGCUUUGCAGGCAAAAUCCAACAGAAAGACUUGGAAAUCUGAAGAAUGGAAUCAAUGACAUUAAGAAACACAGGUGGUUAAAUGGUUUUAAUUGGGAGGGACUGAAAGCACGGAACCUUCCAUCACCUUUACAGAGAGAGCUCAGUGGACCCACAGACCACAGCUACUUCGACAAGUAUCCCCCUGAAAAAGGAGUGCCUCCAGAUGAGCUGUCAGGCUGGGAUAAAGACUUUUGACAGAAGAAAAGAUGAUUAUUGCCUCUACAUCUGGAAGAGGACUAUAAGGACCAAUACUCCAAGAGUGAUCAUUUCUCUCUUUGGAGUAUUAUAAUGUCUUUGGGGAGACCAUUAAAGAAGAGAACUCCCUGCCCAUGAGCUGGGUGGACAAUGCGAAUAUGAAGGUGGUUCUGAGUUAUAAUGUCUCAUUUAGAUGCUCUGAAUUAUUCAUGUAUUCUAUUCUUUGCUCUUCUCAAAUGUUAGAAGCAAUUCUCUUCCCCUCUCCAUAGUCAGAAUAAUUUUUGUUGAGGGGGCAUAAUUUUCUCUGCAAUCUAUUGCUCCAUCCCAAUCAUACGUGUCUCCUUUGAGUCCUAAUAAGUUUUAAAAAGUG